AAAUAGAAAGUACUUAGUCUAAAAGUUUAUUUUACAGAGCCGUAAGCAAACAGGAGACAUGGCUAAAUAACGAGGGCGAAUUCUGCGGUCGUUUGUACAUAAACAUGAGAGUCGAAUCGGUCCAGCUGUAGACGUGGUGGAUUAGACAGCAUUUUGAAGAGUGGAAGCCCAUUAUGUCCGGCCCUACAUGGCUGCCUCCUAGGACUCUGGGUAGCCCAGAGAGACCUGCAGCGCAGAUGUCACACACUGGGGCUGCCUUCUACAGACCACCCAAAAAAGGUCCACCAGACCAGAGGCCCAAAUAUGGUGUAUAUGAUCAAAAUGGAGCAACAGGUGGAAACAGUGUACCUGCAAGGUACAUAGCCACUGCACCGCCAGGUGGAAGCAUGCAUCACCAGCUCCAGGAUGACCAUUCUGGCCCAUCCCCCUAUCACCCUCUCUCCCCCAAAUCAGGAGAGCACUAUUAUCCCCCAGGACAUGGGCCCAAAGAGGAGCACCUCUCUUGGAACCCACACAUGUCCAGCUACGAUCACCAUGCUCGUGGCUCUGAUAAACACCUCUCCAGUAUUGAUGCAGAGAUAGACUCACUGACCUGCAUGCUGGCUGACCUAGACAGUCACCCUUCAAACUCAAGCGCACAGCUGUAUGAUAAUGUGCCUUACAACAAGCACCUCACCAGUGAACGCUACAAACCCUCUAGCCAGACAGGGGCGCCAUCUCAGUCCAGGCCCACUAUGGGCUACCCCCCUCAUCCCCAGAGUCAGUACCAUCCUUCCCCGCAUUACACCUCCACUCCCCAGACAGAUUACACCUAUGCGCCCCCCUCCUCCUCUGCCUACAAACCGUACCCUCAGCCAGUGCCUGCCUCCUACACCACUGCCUCCACACCUACCGGGCCGCGCUUCAGUGUGCAGGUCAAAACUGCCCAGCCUGUCACCUACUCCCAGAGUGGGCGACGGGCGGAGCAGGCCUAUACCCCACCCCCGCCCCGCCAGCAUGCCACCCGCCCUGCCCAGCAAGAUCACCCACAUUACCCAGAAGUUCCAGGGCAGGGACAGGAGUGGUACCCACCACCCCCACCUCCAGCGCAGGAGGCCCAUGGUGAUCCAGCAGUGUAUAAAGGCACUUCAGGUGGAGUUCAGGCACCAAGCAGGAUUCAGGGACUGCCUGGAAAAAAAGGUCAAGAACACGGGACAACAUACCAACCUAGUAAGGGGCCAGUGUCAAGACCAGAAGAAGAGUUGGAUCGACUCACUAAGAAGCUGGUGUAUGACAUGAAUCAUCCACCAGCGGAGGAAUAUUUUGGCCGCUGUGCGAGGUGUGGGGAUAAUGUAGUAGGUGAUGGUAGUGGCUGUAUUGCGAUGGAGCAAGUAUUCCACGUGGAGUGUUUUACCUGCAUCACAUGCCAUGCCCGACUCAGAGGCCAGCCUUUCUAUGCACUGGAGAAAAAGAGCUACUGUGAGAGCUGUUACAUUAGCACACUGGAGCGCUGUUCGAAGUGCUCAAGUCCCAUCCUGGACCGCAUCCUGCGGGCGAUGGGGAAGGCCUACCACCCACGCUGCUUCAGCUGCGUGGUAUGUGGCUGCUGCCUGGACGGGGUGCCCUUCACAGUGGAUGCCACCUCCCAGAUCCACUGCAUCGAGGACUUCCACAGGAAAUUUGCCCCGCGCUGCUCUGUAUGUGCCCAGCCCAUCAUGCCAGAGCCUGGCCAGGAGGAGACUGUGAGAAUUGUGGCUCUGGAUCGCAGUUUCCAUGUCAACUGUUACGUUUGUGAGGAGUGUGGAUUACUCCUCUCAUCUGAGGGAGAGGGUAGGGGCUGCUACCCUCUGGAUGGCCAUAUUCUGUGCAAGACCUGCAGUGCCCGGCGAAUCCAAGACCUCUCUGCCAAAAUCUCCACUGACUGCUAACAGUUUCCUUCUGUCAUGUUUCACCCCCCCCCCCCCCUUUUUGUGUGUGUGUGUGUGUGUGUGUGUGUGUGUGUGUGUGUGUGUGUGUGUCUGGUUAUAAGGGUUAUUCAUGGAAAUGCUCUACAAUUGUCAAACUACCCUGUGUGUCCUCUUAAUUAUAGAAUACAAAUCAUGUAAAGGACAGCUGAAUUUCUCAUACUCAGGGUUUAUAAUUAAAAAGAGCCAUGAAUAAGAUUGAAGUCUUUUACAUGGACCAUUUUAAAUGGUCAAAUAGUAUUCUUCUCUUUAACAAAAUAGAUGGAGUUACAGUGGACAUGAAUUAAAUUUUAAGUGGCCUGGUUGUGAAUAUACAUUUGUGAGUGUAUACACACAUGCAUGGGUGCUUGUUUGUGUUGCUCACGUUCUCUAAACAGGGUUAGGGCUUCAUCAGGGUAUGUUUGUACAUUAUAGCAAAGACUCGCUACUGCUCAUAAUUUGUAUUACAGACCUUUAUUGAUUGUCUUGAAUAAUCAAAACUUUAAAUCACUCAGUAGGAAUCAUUGAAAUAAGGAGCUUAAAUGUUCUGCAUAAUAUCUUUUACUUUAUUCUGCACAUCCUCCAAGUCAGAUCUUUGGUCAGAUUCAGAGUUCAUUCACUGUUCUAGAAACAGCAGGGUUCACUUAGUAAAACACCUAAGUAAAAAAAAAAAAAAAGUUGUCCGGUUCAUUGCUCUCUGCAGAGUGCCUGUUACUUAUAAACCCCUGUGUCAAACUUACCCUGUUGGCUUCAGAAGGAAAUGUUCAACAUAUUUGUGAAUCAUAAUGAUUGUAAAACUUAGAUUGGCUGUUAUCCUCAACAGAUAUCACUACUGUUUUUACAUACCUAAGACUUAACCUUGAAGCAUGAUGAUGAUUUAGAUGUAUAAUGCCAGCAUUUUCUCUUUAUGAUCACUGUGCUGAACAGACAUGGACCUUUUCUUGGUCAUGUUCCUUGUGUACGUGAGAUUAACUUCUGGUCCUAACCUUAACCAUCUUGGAUCAUCUUAAGAUCAUUCCAUGUUCUAACACAGCUAAAUGAAGGAACAUAUGUGUUACAUAUGAUGAUUGUGUGGAAUGUAACGUGUUAUGAGGAAAUGGAUAUAAUCAUGGAAAGACUUGUAGUAUUAGUGAGGGAAAGGUUAAGAUUUUAGUGUAGUAAAUGGACAGAUGGAGAGGUAGUUGGCCUAGAGCCCAGCCAUUUGAACUUGCAUUUCGGACCCUCUGAAAAAGUGGGUGCAUAAUUAGAGUAGUCCAUUAUAAAAAUGACAGCCCGCUUUGAUUUCUGCGUUGUAUGAAUAACUAUUUAUGUCCAGAAAAUUUUUGAAUGUUUGGAAUUGUUAUGGAAUUUUCUUCAGUUUGAUGCUGUCUAUUUCACUCUUUAACAAAUAUAUUGUAGGUUGGUAAUAGGAUCUCUUUAUUUUUCUGUUUUUAUUCAGUAUACGGAAGGGUCUUUUUCAUCAUUCACUUUGAUUGUCUCUAUUCCCCCAGUUUGACUUUUUGGGCUAAGUUUGUUAAUUGAAAUGUUUUUUGUUGUGCUGUUUUACUAUUAGGUAUGAUUCAUGUAAUUAAAUAUGUCCUAAACAACCUAUAGGUCUAUACAUGUAAGUAAUCUAUAGGACUACCACCUUAACAUUGCAAAUGAGAUUUCUUUUAUGAGCCUGCAGAGUGAGGAGUGAUGAGACUAGUACUAGUAUGCACUGUUCGUGUUAAACUAAAAACCACAUUUUUGGGGGAAAUGAAGGUUUUGGUUUUUUUUAUUUAUUGGUUUUGAAAGAAUUUUUCCCUGAUUAUUUCCCUGUUCUGCCUACACUUUUGGGUUAAUUUGUUACUGAGAAUUCAAUAACUCGCUCGGGUGUUGAGACACUCUGGAUGUUUGUAGCCUACUUUUUUCUUAUGCCACUGUGUAAUAAUGAUCCUCCAGUUUUAUCUCCACUAACUGAUAUUUACAACCAUUCUUAUUGCUUUGGAACUUGAUAUUUUGUUUCUUGCGACUGAUAAAUUAUAAAUUGGCGCAUAGUAGCCCAAUGAUC